AUUGAUCAUCAACAUAACAAUGUCGGUCCGCUUGGAGGAAGUCGCAGUGUUGGCAGGCCAUUCCGAGUGCGUGUGGCACGCGUCGUGGCACCCGAACGGGUCCUUGUUGGCAACUUGUGGCAGCGACAAAACGAUCCGCAUCUGGUCUCCUUCCCGGAACGCCAAGACGCCGCAGGAUGCGUGGGACUGCGUCGCGACGCUCGAAGACGCCCAGGGUCGAACCAUUCGCGCGUGCGAGUGGUCGCGCAACGGACAGUACAUUGCGUCGGUCAGCUUUGACGCGACGACUGUGAUCUGGGAAAAGCAGGGCGACGUGUACGAAGUGAUCGCGUCACUGGAAGGCCACGAGAGCGAAGUCAAGAGCGUGGCGUGGAGUCCGUCGGGGUCGUACUUGGCCACAUGCAGCCGCGACAAGAGCGUGUGGAUCUGGGAGGCCGACGCCGACACGGACUUUGAGUGCGUGUCAGUUUUACAUGGCCACAGCCAGGAUGUCAAGUUCGUGACGUGGCACCCGGACGAAGACUUGCUGUUCUCGACAUCGUACGACGACACCGUAUGUGUAUGGGCCGAGCGCGACGAUGACUGGGCUUGCGUGGAAACGCUGACUGGUCACAAAUCCACCGUGUGGGCCGCCACCACCGACGCCACAGGACUCCGACUCGCGACCUGCUCCGACGAUAAGUCCGUGCUCUUGUGGCAGCGGCACCCCGCCACGUUGACGGCUGAUGGACGAUCGAGUGAGUGGACCCAAGUCGAUGCACUCACAGGGUACCACCCUCGCGCCGUGUUUAGCAUCCACUGGAAUAUCUCGACUAACGUGUUGGCCACUGGAUGUGGCGACGAUGGCAUUCGCCUCUUUCAAGCGAAUCCCUCCACUGCCAAGUUUGAACUCGUCUACCAACAAGUGCACGCCCACGCAGGAGACGUCAAUUGUGUCCGAUGGUCACCGACGGACCCAGCGUUGUUGGUAUCUGCAGGCGACGACGCGAACGUGCGGCUGUGGCGCGCUGUGACAUUGUAGUAGUAGUACUACUAGUAGUACUAACUACGUUUUGUUUUUGACAUAC